UGAAGAAGGAAUGAGAUUCCUGUAAUGGCUGCUUCCUGGAAGGCAGUGUCAUGUGGAACCCCUUAGCCUCAGCAUCCAGAGCUCCAGGAAGGGAACAUUUCCAGUCAGGUAGAAUUAUAUAUAUACUAUUUCUUUGGAAACUUCAGCCAUCAAGAUUCAGCCAUCAAAAUUCCACCAUCAUGACUUCUGUUUCAACACAAUGGCUCUUAGUCCUCAUUUUACUGCUUUUGUUGCUGCCUGUUGUUGAAGCAGUAGAAGCCAGAAAUGCAAUUGCUGUCAUGUUGGGUGUGGUUCUCAGCAUUACAGGCAUUUGUGCUUGCUUGGGGGUAUGUGCACAAAAGAGAAAUGGACAGAUAUGA